CCUUCGGCUACUUUUCUCCACGCUCGUUUCUCUCUCUUGCACACGAAACUCGAGAAAAUGGACCGGAAAAGUAUACUGUCUCUCGCAUUGAUCUGCAUUGUAGUCGCCGUAGUCGGAGGUCAAUCUCCGGCAGCUGCGCCAUCCAAGUCACCAUCCACGCCGGCUGCUACGACACCCGCCGCGUCACCAGCGGAACCGCCAUCGAAAACCAAAUCACCAGCUCCGGCUGCUUCCCCCAAAUCUGCGCCUCCUGCUUCAUCUCCUAAAGCUUCAUCGCCAGCUGCAUCUCCAUCGAAGGCUGCGGCGCCGGCUCCGGUGAGUAAAACUCCAGCAUCGUCACCUCCGGCAGCGACUCCCGCGAGCUCGACGCCGCCGGCACCGGUUCCAGCGAGCUCUCCUCCUGCUCCUGUUCCAGCGAGCUCUCCUCCUGCCCCAACGCCGACAGCUCCUCCCGUGAGUUCUCCCCCGGCUCCGGCAGUGGAGGUUCCGGCGCCUGCUCCGAGCAAGUCAAAGAAGAAGGUUAAGAAGCACAAUGCACCAGCACCGUCGCCGUCAUUGAUGAGUCCUCCUGCACCACCGACAGGAGCUCCGGGACCCAGUGAGGCUGCCUCCUCUCCUGGCCCAACCUCUUCCGAGAACGUUGAGAAUGGAGCAGAUACAAUCAGGUGCUUGAAGAAGGCAUUGGGAUGCUUGGCAAUGGCCUGGGCGAGCCUUGUUUUGAUCUUCUAGGGACAGAGAGAGACUUCUACAUCUGUGAUAGUCUUGUAUUUUUCUUCUUCUUUGCGCUGUGAUCACGGGUUCACAUUUAAUUUAUUAUCAUUGUUUCUCCAAACCUGGUUAUUCUAUCAUAUUACCAUUAUUGUUGUUUGUUCCUA